AUGUCAGGUGCAGAGUCAGUAGCCGAGCUGGUAGCGAAACUAGAAGCUUCGACGCACCUUCCAAACCGUGGUAGAGCCAUCAAGAUCCCAUGCAAAUUGUUUCAUAGCGAUAAAGUUAUUAACAGUUGGAAAUUCAACGAAUGGGAUUAUGGUAAGCCUAACAAGAUUGCCUUACCUAUCAAUGCACGUGGGUUUUUUACUUCUGCAGAUAACUUGCGUAUUGUUGCCAGAGGUUAUGACAAAUUCUUCAACGUAGAUGAAACCCCAUUUACCAGAUGGGAAUGGAUCGAACAAAAUACCAAAGGACCAUACAAUGUUAGUGUGAAGGCAAAUGGUUGCAUUAUUUUCAUAUCUGGGCUUGAAGACGGUGAACUCGUCGUAUGCUCUAAGCAUUCGACCGGGUUCAGGGAUGAUGUAGACAGGAAUCAUGCUGAAGCUGGUGAAAAGUUCCUCAUCGAACAACUGACGAGACACGAUAUUGAUAUUAAAGAGUUUGCAACCACAUUGUAUAGGGAAAAUGUUACUGCUGUUGCAGAAUAUUGUGACGACUCUUUUGAAGAACAUAUUCUGGAAUAUGGAAGAGACAAGAGAGGUCUGUACUUACAUGGUCUCAAUCCUAAUGAAAUUACAUUCCAGACUUGGGCUAUGGAAAGAGUUGAUACAUUUGCUGAAAAAUAUGGAUUCAAUAAACUCGAAUCAUUUAAUAUUGAUACAACCACAGAAUUGAGAAAGUUCCUAGAGACAGUUUCAACGAAGGGUUCUUUCAAUGAUCAAGAAAUUGAGGGUUUUGUGAUUAGAUGCCACAGAUUGGAAGGAGCUGAGGCCUUUUUUUUUAAAUUCAAGUUCGAAGAGCCUUAUUUGAUGUACAGACAAUGGCGAGAAGUAACUAAGGAUUAUAUUGAGCAUAGAAUCAGAGUUUAUAAUUUCAAGAAGCAUAAAUUCAUUACUAACAAAUAUCUUGAUUUUGUGAUCCCUAUUUUAGAAAAUGACCCAAUUAUCUGUGAAGAAUAUAUGAAGGGAUUUGGUAUAAUAAAAUUAAGAAACAUGUUUCUAGAAUCCUAUGGUAUGACAGGCUUUGAAAUUUUGAAUCAUGAAAAGAUACAAGAACUAGAAUUUAAAAAUUCCAUCGAUUAUGAAAAAGUCGAUUCUAAUACUAAAUUCCUAAUCUUCCCAAUUGCUGUAAUUGGUUGUGGCAAGACCACGACAGCUUUAAUUUUAAAGAAUUUGUUUAAUUGGGGUCAUAUUCAGAACGAUGACAUACAUAAUAAGAAGGACAAGGCAAUUCUCAUCAAAAGAUCUUUGGAAUUAUUAACGAAGGACGAUACAAAGUGUGUCAUAGUGGAUAGAAAUAAUCAUCAAUUUAGAGAACGUAAACAACUUUUUGAAUGGGUAGAACAAUACAAAGAACAAUACCUUUCGUAUGAUACAAAUAUCAAAAUCAUUGGUAUUUCAUUUGUCAAUUCAAUUGAUGAUCUAGAUAGGAUCAAGAAUGUUACUGUAAAUAGAGUGUUACAAAGAGGAGAUAAUCAUCAAACUAUUCAACUAAAUAAAUAUGGUGAACGGAAAGUAGUUGGUAUUAUGAGCGGAUUUUGGAAAAGAUUUCAGCCUGUUGCUGAAGAUAGAAUUCCAGACAAUUUAUUUGAUUUAUUAAUUAAGCUUGAUGUGAAUAAUGAAAAUCAUGAAAAUUCGUCGUUGAUUAAUUCCAUGACAAUUAUUAAUGAACUUCAUGAAAAAUAUCCGAUAUUAAUACCCAAAAUGCCCACGACUAUGGAACUAGAAGAUGCAUUUAAGCAAAGCAUAGAGUUUAAGAUACCAUCAAAGACAAAGGAGAUGAAUAUGAAUAAUAAGCUAACAAAAAAAAUAAACCCUGCAUAUUUUUCCGCAAAUCUUGACAAUAAAGAUAAAUUGAUCGUGGCAAUCAUGCAAUUAAUGGAGGAUGACAGUUCUAAUAAUCAUGGUAUCAAUUUUGAACCAUUGGAAAAAUUACUAGAUGAAAAUCUUUUCCAACCAGGUUUCCAUAUUACUCUUUCGCAUGUAGCGCAAGGUAAAAGAGGUGAUCCAAGAGAUAAAAUUUUGUGGAAGGAAUAUUUGAAAGAGUUUGAUCCUCAGUUGACAGAGAUAUCAGCUAGGGAUAAUUAUCAAGAGACAUUAUUCAAGACAGAUUAUAGAGUGAAGUUUAAACUCGAUAAAUUAUGUUGGGAUGAUAAGAUUGUUGCCGUUAUGGUUAAAUUUGAAGAUACUAAUUGCGUUACGGAUAAAGAUAACGUGACAAUAACGGGUUUAGAAUGUUCCAACAAGUUCCCACAUAUCACGAUUGGCAGAUUGAAUAGCGAUAUUAAGGCCUCUUAUUCAAAUAGUUUAUGUGAAAGAAUUAUGAAAGAUGAUGCUGAUGGAGAAAGCAGUUAUUAUUUAAACUUCAAUGAUUCAGAAGAGUUUGUCGCAGACGUGUGUAUCAAUUUAUAG